AUGGCUGAUUAUCCUUCUCCCUACUCUACUUCACCAGCCCCAAGCUCGGUAUACCCAGGCUCUGAGAAAAUGACUGGCACAUCAACGCCCCUGACAGAGCAGUCAGAGCCACCGCUGGACUCAAAGCCAGACACACAAGCAGACACUUCCUCUACCACUGAAGUCCCCUUGAGAUUACCCAAGUCACAGCAGGAUCCACAAAACGACCCCAUACAGAUCCCCAAAAUCAUGACAGACAUCUCCUUCACCGAGGAUCCGGCUGUCCUUGCCCGCGGCCUCGAGGGCAAGUGCGUCGAUGAAUUCGGCAACAUCCUAGAAUGGGACGGCACAGUACUUGGCCGCGUCCAGGGAGACUUGCCCUCCAUGGUAGGCAGGUCUGUAUCCAAUGAUGGCAGAAUUCGUGAUGCUGCCGGCGACCUGGCCGGGCAUGUAUCCGAAAACUACAUAAACUCGGCACCAUCACAAGAGGACCACAGCAAUAAGAGGCUGAAAAUCGAUCACACCGGUACCAUAUAUGACCAGGACGGCUCUGUUGUCGGCAGGAUGAAAGACCACUCCAAAGAGAACAAUUCCACUUCUGCUCCGGCAGAUGGAUGCGCUCGAUGCAGGGAGCGGGAGACGAGUUCAGACCGACACAAUGAGAAUAAGUCUGAUGCUCCGCCUGCGCAAGAGGACGCAAAAACAGAUGGUGCUGCGAAUGUGAAUGUGCCGCCGCAUCGGACAGCCACACCAAGCCCAUCUGAUAUCUAUCUAGAUGUGAAAUCUACCCACGACGGCAUUCAGUUGAUAAUCAAGAUCCCCACAGUCUUUAAUCGGGAUCAUCACAACUCAAGAUAG